AGCGACAUUCUCGUGCAGCAGCCAAAGCGUGAACUAGAGAUGACAGCACGAAAAAAAUAAAUGUCUAGUCUGCCAAAUCUUAUUGGAUUCUAAAUUCUUCUGGCAACUAAUUGGAUUACUGACUGCUGUUGCUAUUGCUGCUGCUGCUGCUGCUGCUCGCUGAUAACAAGGAUUUCAGGUUGUGUUAAUGUGAGAAGAGUUUCUACACAAAUGGCCAACUACAACGUUGAUGAUAUGGGAUGGUCAGAUGCCCGGAACUUGUUGCGAAAGUGGCGCGACGAUAAUGAAAGAAAGAGUGACGAUGUGAUGCAGCUUUGGGAUAAUGUGCUGUCCUCCAAACAGAGCAAGCUCGGCAACGAACGGCACCUGGUGCUGGAGCAGGUAAUAAUCGCUGCCCUCGAUUGCAACCGCAUCGAAACGGCGGAACACUGCGUCAGUAUCCUGUCGGCUGAGUUCCCCGGCAGUCUGCGCAUACAAAAGUACCGAUCGAUGCUGCUGGAAGCACUGGAACGGUACGACGAUGCGCUGGACGAGCUGGAGCAAAUCAUACGGAAGGACGAAACAAAUGCUGCACCGCGUAAGCGUAAGGUAGCCAUCCUGAAGACGCAGGGCCGCACCGCCGAAGCUAUCAAAGAGCUUUGCGAUUACAUGAAAGUGUUCAUGUCGGACCAGGAAGGUUGGCAUGAGCUGUGCAAUUUGUAUCUGGCGGAGGGCGAAUAUGCAAAGGCGGCCUUUUGCAUGGAGGAACUUCUGUUGCACAAUCCGCACAGCCACCUGAUUCACCAGCGAUUGGCCGACAUACGGUACACGAUGGGUGGUAUCGAAAACAUCGAGAUGGCCAAAACGCACUACUGCAAAGCGGUAAAGCUGAACGUUAAUAAUCUGCGGGCGCUGUAUGGUUUGUUUUUGUGCUGUGGCCACAUUUGCAAUUCGAAGGCCGUGGUGGCAAAGCGGAAGGAAGCACAGAAGCUAGCUCAAUGGGCAAUGGCACAAAUACAGUCGCGAACACAGCCGGCCAAACAGGAUACCAAAGGUGCCAUCAAAUCGGGCAAAAGCAGAACUGCGGGAGGCGAUGACGAGCUGCAGGCACUCGAGCAAGCUUUCGGUGGCCUGGAAGUGGGAAAAGUAGCCAAUUGAUCUUUUUUUUUUUAUCACGGCUCAUAAUAUCAUUUUUAUCCUAUUCAUCGGACGGUUUCCGUCGUCAGCAUUUUGGAGUGUCCCGUGGAGUGGAGUAGAGAACGCAGAGUUAAUGAUUGGUGACGGCAAUAGAACUGCGUUGAAUCAGCUGAAGCAUUUCGAAGCAGUAAAUAAAUGAUUUAUUGAUUGAA